AUGUCUAUCAAAGCAGUUAUAUUCGAUAUGGGAGGUGUGUUGAUAGAAGCACCCUAUGGGAUGUGGAGAGGAUCUUCAAAACCAUUAUUCAGAUCCCUUGAGAAGAAACUGGAAUUCGACAGAGGCUCUCUAAUGAGGGCUCUGCUCACACCACCAGUAAGAGAUCAUUUUGAAGCUUUGGAAAGAGGGGAAACGACCGCGGAAGAUUUUGAUCCACUUUUCACUCAGUAUUACAACAAGAAGGUGAGUAGAAUCCGGUACAUUCGAUGA